UCGGGUCUCUGGGUGGCAUCUCGGCCUUCUCCUCGCCUCCCGGGAUCGAAGCCGUCGCGCGUGUUCUUUACGCCGGCCGAUCGAGGACGACGGAGGGCUCCUUGUAGGGUUCCGUGGUUUCUUGUGGAUCCCUCGUGGGUUGUUUAGGGGUUGGUUCGGGGAGGGCAAGAAGGGUGAGAAGGAGGGUGGCCAUGAGGUUGAUCGGGGAGAUCUCCUACGUUCGGAAUGAGGAGGAUAAGGAGAACGAGGGGGUGCCGCCGAUGUCGCUUCCGCCUCCGCCGCAGCAGACGCUCGUCGUGGGGUAUGCUCUGACGUCGAAGAAGGUCAAGAGUUUCUUCCAGCCGAAACUGGAAGCAUUGGCCAGGAAGAAAGGAAUUGUGUUUGUCGCCAUUGACCAGAGCCAGCUUCUUCUAGAUCAAGGUCCUUUUGACAUUAUUCUACACAAGUUGACUGGAAAAGAGUGGCAACAAGUUCUGGAGGAUUAUAUGGAAAAUCAUCCGGAAGUUACUGUCCUUGACCCACCAGCUGCCAUACAACGUUUGUACAAUCGCCAAUCGAUGCUUCAGGAUGUAGCUGAUUUGAAUUUAUCAAACUGCUAUGGCAGAGUUGGCACUCCCAGGCAACUAGUUAUCACCAAAGAUUCAUCAUCGAUCCCGGAUGCAGUUAGCAGAGCUGGACUUGCUCUACCAUUGGUCGCCAAACCAUUGGUGGUUGAUGGAAGUGCAAAGUCACACGAAUUAUCACUUGCCUAUGACGAAUUCUCCUUGUCAAAGCUUGAUCCUCCCUUUGUUCUUCAAGAAUUCAUUAAUCAUGGUGGUGUUCUCUUCAAGGUCUAUAUUGUUGGAGAGGCAAUAAAGGUUGUUCGCCGAUUUUCCCUCCCUGAUGUCAGUAAGCGCGAACUAUUAAGCAGUACCGGUGUCUUUCAGUUUCCCAGGGUUUCUUGUGCAGCAGCAUCCGCAGAUGAUGCCGACUUGGACCCUAGCAUUGCUGAGCUUCCUCCAAGGCCAUUGCUUGAGAAGCUUGCUAGGGAGCUCCGUCGUCGUCUGGGUCUUCGAUUAUUCAACAUAGACAUAAUAAGAGAGCAUGGGACAAGGGACGGGUUUUAUGUCAUCGAUAUCAACUAUUUUCCAGGUUACAGCAAAAUGCCAGGAUAUGAUCACAUAUUUAUCGACUUCCUUGCGAGCAUGGCUCGUAGCAAGUACAAAAAACGACUAAGCAGCAGCAACUGACCAGACCAUAUAUAUAUAUAUAUAUAUAUGGCUUGUGACUGCUGCUUGCUUGUCAAUGAAAUGCUGGUGAAUAUGAUGAUGAUGAUGAUCCAAAUGCCACCAAGAUUCACAAUCUAAAAGAGCCUCUGAUGACCGGAUUAUGAAUCUGGAUGGUUGCAUUACGCAGACAAAAAAAAGUGCUGAUCACUGAUGUCACUGCAUGCUGGUUUGUUUAUCAAACGCAUUCCACCCCUUAAUUUCUUUUUUUGCUUGCUCAUUUGCUAGUGAGAUGGCUGAUGGUUCCAUUCAAUGGUAACAUGAUCCAUGUAAUCCCAAUUUCCCAACACUAUGCAGUGGCUUUGUGAUGACCAAUAAAUUUGUUGUCUGAAUGCCUUUUUGUAAA